AUGGUUUCAGACACGAACCAUCAACCUGCCUCAUUGACCUCGACUGCCGAAACCCCAGAAAACCCACGUAGUCAUCCAGAGAAAGCCUCUGCACCAUCAUCUGUCUCUUCAGUACAAGGAAUCCAAAACCAGUUCGCAAUUAUGAAGCAGUUGUUGCGAGACCAACUUGAUAAUUGUCGAGAGCAGGUGUCACUUUUAGAAGAGCAGGAGCGAAAAAAUGAGCAGAUUCGGAUUGAAAAGGAAGUGCAGAGAGACGAAAUGAAGAACUUUUUGCACGGCGCCCUGGAAGCGCAAAAAGAACUGUCGGCCGUCUCCAGUGAAAUGGCCAAGUCUGAAGUCCUCGAAGAGAACCAUUACGUUCAAAUGGCUGAUAUAAAGGCUCACUUAGAAGGGAACGUGAACUAUAAGCGACAGAAACAGGAAGAACUGAAAGAGACCUUGCAGACGCGGUCCUAA